AUGACUCAAGAGAGACCUGCGGUGGUCUGCGUAUUCUGCGGCUCAACAGGAGGAAAUAACCCUGCCCACCUCGAGGCAGCCCGAACUCUUGCCCGCGAAUUCCACAAGAACAACGUCAAACUAGUCUAUGGCGGCGGUACAAUGGGGUUGAUGGGCGAGAUCGCCAAAACUCUCGUUUCCCUCUCCGGUCCUCAAGCCGUGCAUGGUAUCAUUCCCCGUGCUCUGGUCAAGGUCUCGACAAAGAACGGCAAUGGCAAUGGAAAUGGCAACUCAGAACAGAGCGGCGGAGGCAAGGCUGCCGAGCGGAUCGUCUCGCCCGACGACGAAUACGGGAUUCCCGAGUCCGAGUACGGCAUUACGACUAUUGUGCCCGACAUGCAUACUCGCAAGCGUUUGAUGGCAACAAAGGUGAUGCAGGGUGGCCGAGGUUCCGGCUUUGUCUCGCUUGCCGGUGGAUUUGGCACGAUUGAGGAGGUCAUGGAAAUGACGACCUGGAAUCAGCUCGGUAUUCACCGGGUAGCCGUGGUGUUGGUCAACAUUAAUGGAUAUUGGGAUGGUCUACUCGCCUGGGUGCGAAAAGCAGUCAAGGAGGGCUUCAUCAAUGGUGAAAAUGGUUCAAUCUUGGCCGAAGCCCGUGAUGCUACGGAGGUAUGGCCUAAGCUGCUGGAAUACCAGUGCAGUUGUGAUCGCAUGCAGCUGAACUGGGGCGAGGAGUAA